AUCGAAUGCGCGAGAUACCGCGGCGCACGGUGGAACUCGGAGGAACCUUCGUGGAGAGGAACCUUCGAGAAUAUACCACGGCUCUACACAGCUGCACAGCUCUACUCCGUGUGCCGGUCGCAGUUUAGGUUACACAACGUGUCUGUGAGAGCGUGCGUUCACGUCGUCCGGCUUCGACCGAUAUUACUUUUGUGACUGCCAAAGAAAUCGCGAUUAUGGCUGCUGCCAAUGCUGUGAAGAGGCUUAUUCCUCUUUUUGACAGAGUCCUUGUACAAAGGGCCGAGGCUAUAACCAAAACGAAAGGUGGCAUUGUGUUGCCAGAGAAAGCGCAAGCAAAAGUUCUGCGGGGCACAGUUAUCGCAAUAGGGCCUGGAGCAAAGAAUGAUAAAGGAGACCACGUGCCUUUAAGCAUUAAGAUUGGAGACAUUGUAUUACUUCCGGAAUAUGGUGGCACAAAAGUCGAACUUGAGGAUAACAGGGAAUAUCAUCUGUUCCGCGAAUCGGAUAUAUUAGCCAAAGUAGAAGUUUAAGUUAUUCAUUGACUUUAACGUUCCCAGUUUUGUAAAUGCUACGAACUAUUCCACAACCUCACAAACUAAUUUGCAGCAAGAAGUUAUAUAAAGUUUUAAUAUAUCUUUGAAGGUUAAUUGUUUGAUCUAAUAAAAAAACUUCAAUUUUUAAAGACUCUGUUGCUGCUAAAGUACCAUUAUGUUUCUCAUUCUAUGUGUACAUACAAUUUUCUGAUAAAAUAAAGCAUUUGUCUAC